UAUUCAUACUGUUUGAAAACGGAAUUAUAGAUUUGCAAGGGUAGAAAAAAGAGCGAAUUGGUACAGUAAAGAGGAUCAAAAUAACAGACUCCUUGCUUAUCUUGGCAUUAGACCUGUAAGCCGUAGCGUAAUGAUUGAAGCCUUGGAGUACUUGAAUCUAUCUGACCUGAAAGAUAAAAUGCUGCCGUAUGAGCCAUAUCCUGCUCUCACACCGAGACCGUACCAAAAACAGACUACCAAAGUGCAUGAGAAGCACAUGCUUGUUGGUAUUCGAGUGAGUGGGUGUAGCAAAGAGGAUCAAAAUGGCAAACCUCUUGAUUAUCUUGUUGACAAGGAAAUUGGACAUACAACAGGAAAUGCCCAAUCGAUGUCAAACACUUCUGGAGAAGCAGAAGCAGGCAUGGCCCUGUUACCAGAACUGGCCUAUGAGGACAAAGAAGGUUCUGCCAAGUUCAUUAAAGCUGUCCAAGAAGGUAAUCUUGCAGUUUUACAGGAAUUCGAAGCAUUUUUCAAGAGCAAAGGUUUCAACUUUGAACACUUUCCAGUGAAUCCACUGAUUAUUAUAGCAGUCGUUGGUUCACCAAAAGCAGUUGAGCAUGUACAGAGUUGGAGUUCUAAUACAUUUAACUGGAACGAUCAACUAUAAAUCCCAGUGGGAUUGUUUGAAGUUUUAUUGGACGAAAUGAAAGACAGAAAAGCUACACCGUUGUAUGUUGCAACAUUUCUGAAGAAACCAGUGAUCGUGGAAUCCCUGAUUAAGUAUUCAGACGAACAGAACAUUGCCUACUGUAUGAACAAUAUACAACUCAUCAACCCGAUGGAGAUUUUCUUCAUGGCAGAGGUUGGGGAACGCCUGAAAAAGGAAUAUCGAGAAUUGAAACCUGCUGUUGUACCUGGUCAUCAGAGAGAGGUAAACGGUAGAUUGGCCAGAGUAAUUAUUGUUUAUUCUCCAAAAGUGCACGUGACCAAUCACAUAAAGGACGGGAUAUGAUUUGUGAUGAUUAGAAACUCUUACAGGGUUGAUGAUGAAGCCAUGACCGUGUCAAACAGCAAGGGAGUAGACGGUGAUAUUUCCAAACAGGACAUGGAAAGGACAAAAAAGCCAUUGAAUCGCACAGCAAGACACUGUGGUGUAAUUACAGCAAUCUCAAUAUUAUCAGUGUUUGCACCGUGCGAUCUAAACGUAAGGGAGACAUACUGGAGAAGUGUCUGUGUUGUGCUAUACUGUAGUACAAAAGGAGUUGUACCACUUGGGGGAAAAGAGUUUCCUUCGACAUUAGCCUUGGAAGAAGACGAUUCUAUUGACAUUGAUGUCCGCGAAGAAUAUUCUGAAUUUGGUGGAUAUCCGACAAAACCAAGCACAAAUCACCAUGAAUAGCUCAAAAUGGGAUGUAACAUAGGUGCGCUGCCAUCACAAAACGGUGGAGGAACACUUGGUCCGUUUGUGCAGUAUAAAGGUACAAUGGGUUUCCUGACAUGCGCUCAUGUGUUGUUUGAUGUCACUCACCAACACAGUGUGGACUUCACCGAUAAUGGAUCCAAUCAAUUUCUCGUCGUAAAACCCGCUAAAGAUGCUUCCUCCCUAAGUGGUUACCAAUGUGGAUUUGUACACAGGGUAUUUUUUAACCCAAGUAUGGAUAUCAGCAUUGAUGUUGCCGUGGUGACCAUAUCAGAUGAAACACGGCGACCCACUAAAGGCAGAUUUGCUAAUGAUCACAGUUACAAGUACAGAGAAGCAGGAUUUGAUGAUUUACCGGAAUACAACAACGGAGCUAUAUUACCAGACAUUAAA